GAAAUGGCUGUAUCGUAACAUGUUAUAUGUGUUUGUUGUAACUGAAGGCAAUGGCUCGGCUGUCCGAGACUCGUCCCGCCUCGCCGCCACCGGAACUCGACGCAGAGCUCGCGCGCAAAGAUGCUUCGGACCCCGAGCCGCAGUCAAAAGAGUCCGAGCCGGAGGAGCUGGACCCCUGGGACCUGCCGGAGCUCCUGGACAACGGGGAGAAGUGGUCCGAUCUCGACACGAAGGGGAAAGUUGUGCGCGUUAUCAAGUCUAUCGCGAAGUUCAUUAUCCUGCUGGGAUUGCUCUACGUGUUCGUCUGCUCUCUGGACAUCCUGAGCUCCGCUUUCCAGCUUGUAGGAGGGAAGGCAGCUGGCGAUAUCUUCCAGGACAAUGCGGUUCUGUCGAACCCUGUGGCUGGGCUGGUGAUCGGAGUCCUGGUCACGGUUCUGGUUCAAAGCUCAAGCACCUCGUCCUCCAUUGUGGUCAGCAUGGUUUCGUCUGGAUUGUUGGAGGUGAAGUCUGCCGUGCCAAUCAUUAUGGGUGCUAAUAUCGGCACUUCUGUGACGAACACCAUUGUGGCUGUGAUGCAGGCGGGAGACCGCAAUGAGUUUCGCAGGGCAUUUGCUGGAGCUACGGUCCAUGACUUCUUCAACUGGCUGUCUGUCCUGGUGCUGUUGCCUCUGGAGGUGGCUUCAGGAUACCUCUACAAACUCACCAAACUUAUAAUUGAUUCCUUUAACAUCCAGACGGGUGCAGACGCUCCAGACAUUUUGAAGGUCAUCACUGAACCGCUCACCAAGAAUAUCAUUGAGCUGGACACGUCUGUGAUCCGUGACAUCGCCACUGGAGACCCUGCUGCCCGAAACAAAAGUCUGAUUAGGAUCUGGUGUAAAACCGAGAAAAUCACGAACCUUGUGAAUAUAACGGUCCCUGGAUUCGCAAACUGCACGCCUGGCGCCCUCUGCUGGGAGGAGGACGGCCUGAUCUGGACUCAAGAGAACCAAACAGAAACCAACAACUUGGAAAAAUGUACUCACAUGUUCGUGUACGCUGGUCUGCCGGACCUAGCGGUGGGCUUGAUUUUGUUGGCUCUGUCGUUGCUGGCCCUCUGCACCUGUCUGAUUCUGAUCGUCAAGCUGCUGAACUCCAUGUUGAAGGGUCAGGUGGCGGUCGUCAUCAAAAAGGUGCUCAACACAGAUUUCCCUUUCCCCUUCGCCUGGGUCACUGGAUACAUCGCCAUCCUUGUUGGAGCCGGAAUGACCUUCAUUGUUCAGAGCAGCUCUGUCUUCACCUCAGCCAUCACUCCACUAGUCGGUAUUGGUGUCAUUAGCAUCGAGAGAGCGUAUCCACUCACACUGGGCUCCAACAUUGGCACAACCACCACAGCUAUUCUAGCUGCCCUCGCCAGUCCUGGAGAGACACUGGCCAACUCUCUACAGAUUUCUCUCUGUCACUUCUUCUUCAACAUUAGUGGUAUCCUGCUCUGGUAUCCCAUCCCUUUCACACGCAUCCCCAUCCGAUUAGCCAAAGCUUUGGGCAACCGAACAGCCAAGUACCGCUGGUUUGCGGCACUGUAUCUCAUCCUGAUCUUCCUCCUCUUCCCGCUGUUAGUCCUGGGUCUCUCCAUCGCAGGGUGGCAGGUCUUGGUGGGGGUCGGAGUGCCCGUGGUGGUUUUGGCGAUCGCUGUGAUCGUGGUAAACAUUAUGCAGAAACGCUGCCCACGUUUCCUGCCAUCAUUCCUCCGCAGCUGGGACUUCCUGCCCACACCGCUACACUCCCUCAAGCCCUGGGACAAAGUGGUGACCAGCGGCAUGACCUUCUGCAAGACUCGCUGCUGCUGCUGCUGCAAGUGCUGCAAAGAAGAAGAGAAGAAUGAAAUGAAAACCAAGGAUAAGACUAUAGAGAUGUAUGACAACCCUGCGCUCACUAUAGAGGAUGAGGCCAAAGUAACAGCCACACAUUUAUAAUGCAUUGUCAAUCUGGUAAUGCUCAAACACGGCACAUGGGGUCCAUGUGCAACUUUGUUGUUGAUGACUGCAACAUUUAAUUACAAUUAAAUCUUAGCAAAAGUAUAGAGUACACAAUUAGGCUGCAUUUACACUGGGACAAAAACAAAUCAGAUUUUUCUGACACCUGAUCUGAAUUAGAAUUUUUUUGCAUUUGAUCUGAACCACUUCCAAAUGUGGACCUUAAUCGGAUACAUAUCUGAUAUCUAGACAUUCGACCUGCAUCUAAACACACAUACAUCUGAUUCCCCACAGAACUCAGAGCCACCACAAUGCAAUGGCGACAUGUUUGCCAAUAAAGAUCCGUGAUCCAAGAUUCAAUAGACAACCAUGACCGCUAUUGUCCAUGCUAGCAAAUAAUGACUACUCAAUGUUAAUGAUUUAUUUAUUUUUCUGUUUCGUAGCAUGGUCGUUUAACACCAAUGGGCCUCCUACCAUGUGCAUAGUAAAGAGAUCACUGAUAGGUGGAAAUUGAUGUAAACCCAGUUUGGAUACCAGUAGUGUCAAAGUGAAUGUAAACAGACGGGCCAAAAAAAAUCAGAUCUGGUCAAAAGAUCAGAUCAGUGCAUAAGACUUGCAGUGUAAAUGCAGCCUUGAAGACCCUCUGAAAUCAGUAUGUCUGGCCCCAACUUCCUGUUUUAACAGGAAAUACAUCAGCACAGGAACGAGUAUUGAACUUGUCAGUCACUUUUUAUGUGGUCUUUAAGAACAAAGAAAUUGCAUCAGGUACAUAGACCACAAUAAAAUGACAUCACAGUGCAGAGGUUAAAAUCUAUCUCUAACUGUUGAUAACAUUAUUGUAGUUGUUUGUGCAUGAUGUACCAGUAGGAGGAGUCAGGGCUUUUAUAAAAGUCUGUGUUUGUGUAAUUGUUCAGUAUUUAUUUCUGAAAAUGGUAAUGCGGUGGUAAGCAGCCAAUGAAAAAUGCACACUCUUGGCAGUAAUUUUGCACAUUAUGUGGAACGAUGUUAAAAUGCAUUUGUAUAUGUUUUUAAAUAUUUGUAAACAAUCUUUUGUGUCUGGUUAUACUGUUGUAUUUUGUUAAUUUUUAUUAAGCUUAGGCUUAACAUAUUUCUCUACUCAGAUGUAAGAUAUAUUGUAUUUAAUAUUUAAGAUUACAAAGGACAUUAGCUCUGAUUUUUUAUCUAUGAAAAACAUUGUGCCAUUUAAAACCUGAUGUUUACUUUUAAUACCACUAAACUGUUCAUUAAUUUAUAACUUCUUAUCCAUUUAUUGUUUUAUUGUGAGUCAAAGAUGCCCCAAUGUCUAUUGGUAUUGUUUUAAUUCUUAUUGCAUCUUCUUAUCAGCUUGUGUGGGUGACUUCUGAAAAUGUUAUCUUGAGCAUAGGGUAAGUAAUGAGAUACAACCCAGAAACUCUAUGUACUAUACAGUAGAGAAACUAAGCUAAGUCCAUGUCACAGUUGAAACUUAGAAAAUACAGAUGUAGAAUUUGUUCAUGAAUAUUUUGUGUAUUUACCACUUUAGUGCCUCAAAGCAAAACUCUGUAUAAUCAUAUAUUUUAUGCUAUUUGUGAUAAACUUAAGACAAAUCCAGUUAUUAGUUCAUUCUCAGAAUGUGUUUCUAUCAACCCACACAUUAUAAUCUAAAUAAAAAAAUUCAAACUGA